AUGGCUUUUGACCCGAACUCGGUACCCAAAGAUUUGCGCCCCCCGAAUAUAGCCAGAGCAGUGCCCGAGGACCCACGCAUUGCACCUUUGACCUCGUCAGUCAGGCCUAUUGAAGGGUUUUAUGCGAACCCACCCCAUGAUGCCCGGGGCAACCCCGAUUCUGUGCCUCCGGUUUAUUAUACAGCCACAAUUUCUGAUGCUGGAUUUAUACCUUUGGGAUAUAACAAUGCGGUGCCUGGGGCCGCCGGGUGCGUCUUGCGUGGUUUACCGCCCCAAUGCCAACUGGGCGCAACGGGUGCCUCUGUCCUUCGUUCGGUGAGUGUGUCUAGUAAUAGUCCAAAGUUUGGAGCGCAGGUAGUGGGUAGUGCUUCUGAUCACACUAGCGACGAGGGUGGUGAUGGUUCUGUGUCUGGGCGAAAGGUCAAGUUUUUGUGUAGCUUUGGUGGCAAAAUACUUCCUAGGCCAAGUGAUGGGGCAUUGAGAUACGUCGGUGGGCAGACUAGGAUAAUUAGCGUUAGGAGGGAUGUGGGUUUUGGUGAAUUGGUUCAGAAGAUGGCAGAUACAUAUGGGCAGAAUGUGGUGAUAAAGUACCAAUUGCCAGAUGAGGACCUUGAUGCACUUGUUUCGGUUUCAUGUCCUGAUGAUCUCGAGAACAUGAUGGAUGAGUAUGAAAGGUUGGUUGAGAGGUCUUCAGAUGGGUCGGCUAAGUUGAGGGUAUUUUUGUUUGCACCUUCAGAGCUCGGGUCUGCCAGUUUGUUACAUAUUGGAGAUUUACAGGAUGGCGGGCAGAGGUACGUUGAAGCAGUGAAUGGAAUUUUGGAUGGAUUUGGUAGUGGUGGUGGUGGUGCUCGUAUUGCUAGGAAGGAGAGCUUUGAGAGUGCUGCUUCUGCUCAGAAUUCUGAUUUGAGUGGUACUGAGGGUGCUGAUAACUUUGGCCAUGGUCAUGGUGAGGUUACUGGUCCUCUAUCCACUGGUGGAUUAUCGCCGAGGGGAAAUCCCGGUGUUUCUCUUGAAACAGUCCCAGGAACUGUGAGUGCUGAUCAUAGUGAUGCUGUACACGCGGAUCCUUCUGCUACUCGGCUGGGUAUUCCCGUGGCUAAAUCUGGUCCAGCUACAACUAUGGCUGCUGUCUCCGAACUGGAUAGAUAUGUGCCUCUUAAUGUCACACAGUCACAAAUGGGAUUUGAUCUGCAGCAACCUGGAGUGAGUUUCCCAGCAUCUUCAUCUCAUGUUCAAGCUUAUAUGGAUCCUCACCAAGAAAACUUGAACCAUGCUGAAUAUGUGCAGUUCCCUUCUCAGAUGGGAUUCCCUGUGCAGAUUUAUGGUGCAGUUGGGCCUGUGUUCACUCAACAGCAUUCGCAUGCUGGAGCUUCCUCUCAGCAGUUUAUUCCUGCAGUUAAUAUGACAAUGAAUCCUUCAACCAUCAGUAUGAAACCUAAUGCAGUUCCUGCUAUUGUUCAGCCUCAACAAGUUCAUUUGGAGCAUUAUCCUGCUGAAAGUACAUUGCCGCAGAGGGUUCCUGCGGACCAAGGAUAUAUUUUGCAGCAUGCUCAGGUCCCUAUAACAGUGCCAGGAGGAAUGUAUGGUUGGCAUCAAGUUCCACAUCUUGAGCAGGUAACCUUUUCCGAAGGAGGGUCUCCCUCUCAACCAGUUAUGGUUUCUGAGAAAACUUCUAGAUUUGAUGACUGUUACAUGUGUCAAAAAGCAUUACCACACGCUCAUUCAGAUCCAAUGGCUCAGGACCAAAAGGGAAGUCCUGCAAGCAACUUGUCUGACACAAUAUCAAUUUAUAGUAGUCUGCCGUUGGAUGAUAAAGGGCAGCCGAUGAAUAAGCCUGUAUUAUCUGGUACUCAAACAGAAAGUAUUGCUGAACAACUUGUGGCUGGAGCUCGACCAAGAAUUAUGGGUUAUGUGGACCAUGAAGCUGGAAAAGUUCAAGCAGAUAGAAUUGGGGUCUCCCAGAAUCUUGAGGGAGCUUAUGCAAAUGAUAAAACUAUUCUUCAGAAGGCACAGAAUCCUGAAUAUUUCAGCGUAUCAACUCCCCAGGGUUUAAUGAUGACAAGCAGUGCGCAAUCUGAACAUGGUGUAUUUAUGGGUAAUAUCCCUCAGGUGUCCCAACAUUCAUUUCAGCAGAUUUUUGUUUCACCUCAACACCAGGCUGUAGAGGGUUCCGCAUUGAACAGACCAGUUAAUAAUGAUCUAGCUCCUGUUGGAGGCAUGCCUUUGCAGACUUCUGAUUACAUUACUCGUGAACCCCCAAAAGACUACUCUGGUAUAGUUGCUGGCAGUAUUCCUAAAGAAGAUGCUACUUCCUUGGCCUGUGACCAGCUGAGACAAAUAGAUAGGUUGGAAAAUCUGCAGAUAUGCCCUUCUGAAGUUCUAGCUAAUAAUGAGUUGGGCAAGCCUGUUGCUGAUCCCAGAAAGGAUGACGUAUUGGAAAACAGAUUACAACAGGUUGCCGGGAGGGAGGCUCCCAAAAUGCAUAAUUUUCCACCAACAGAAUCUUAUGAAUUGACAGAACCUCCUCUUUUAGGUAAUCCCAAUUCUUACCUUCAAUCAAAGCUUGGGAUUAAUUUGGCUUCUGGUGAAAUUUCUUCUCGCAACCCUCGUGUUGAAACUGCUCAUCCAGCUGAAAGAAUUCCACCUACUAGUGAAUGGAAGGAUCGAACCCUAUGGUCCCAACCAAGGAUUCCUGCUGAUUUAGAAUCUGUUGCCCAGGAGGGGAACGGACAAUCAUCUGUAGAUCCAUCCUAUGGGGAUUUGCCAGAUAACUCGAACUCACUAUUUAGUAACCAGGAUCCUUGGAGUUUACGUCAUGAUACUCCUUUUCCUCCUCCUAGGCCUAGCAAAAUUCAAAUUAGGAAGGAAGCUGGAGUGACUAGGGAUCCUCCUGGCGACAAUCAUCCUAUGAACAGUGGUGAGUUACAAACAGGCAAUUUCAAGGAGUUGCACAUAGAGCUACCAUUGGAUGAUGUAGCUAACCUGUCAUCUGAAAAUUUGAAUGGAGGUUUAAGAUCGGAGCAUGUCAUGUCCGAUAAAGGUUCAGCAGAGGACCUCAUUAAGCAAGAACUUCAAGCUGUUGCCGAGGGUGUAGCCGCUUCUGUUCUUCAUUCAUCCGUGCCUUCUAAUCCUGAACUAUCAGAUGCCAGAAGUGAGCUUCUAUCUACAACUCUACAAAAUGGUGUAGUGCAAAAUAAUAAUACAGAAAUGGAGCAUAGCGAGAAAUAUGAGGAUUUGAAGACUAAAAUACCAGAGAAGAUAAAUUUUGGAUUUCCUGUAUCUGAUGGUAUUGGCCGAUUGCAGAUAAUUAAAAAUAUCGACUUGGAAGAACUUCGGGAACUUGGUUCUGGUACCUUUGGUACUGUUUAUCACGGUAAGUGGAGAGGCACUGAUGUUGCAAUAAAACGGAUAAAUGAGAGAUGUUUUGCUGGGAAACCUUCGGAACAAGAUCGCAUGAGAGAGGAUUUCUGGAAUGAGGCAAUUAAGCUUGCUGACUUGCAUCAUCCCAAUGUGGUUGCUUUUUAUGGUGUUGUGCUUGAUGAUCCCAGUGGUUCAAUCGCAACUGUUACUGAAUACAUGGUAAAUGGUUCUUUGAGAAAAGCUUUGCAGAAAAGCGAGAGGAAUCUUGAUAAGCGAAAGAGGCUUUUGAUUACCAUGGAUGUUGCUUUUGGAAUGGAAUAUUUGCAUGGAAAGAAUAUAGUGCAUUUUGACUUGAAAAGUGAUAAUUUAUUGGUUAAUCUACGAGAUCCACAUCGACCAAUAUGCAAGGUUGGUGAUUUGGGGCUGUCGAAGGUAAAAUGUCACACAUUAAUUUCAGGUGGUGUCAGGGGAACUCUUCCAUGGAUGGCACCAGAGCUUCUUAAUGGCAGUAGUAGCCUUGUGUCUGAGAAGGUUGAUGUAUUCUCUUUUGGAAUCGUAAUGUGGGAACUUCUUACUGGAGAAGAGCCGUAUACGGACUUGCACUAUGGAGCGAUUAUUGGUGGUAUUGUGAGCAACACAUUGCGACCUCCUGUGCCGGAAUCUUGUGACCCAGACUGGAGACAGCUCAUGGAGCGGUGUUGGUCAGCUGAACCAUCGGAGAGGCCAAGUUUCACUGAGGUUGCUGAUGACCUACGAGCCAUGGCAGCCAAGCUCCCUCCAAAAGGACAAGUCCAGCAGCCACUUCCACCAACAAAUACCCAAGUCAAAAGCUAA